CAAGACCUUCAUCCCUGGUCUGCCCACCGUGCUGCCCUCGUGCCUGACUCGCGAGCAGGAGGAGCAGUACCUGCUGCAGCUGCAGAUCGAGGAGGUGUCCCGGAAGCUGCGCUCCGGUGACCUCGGCAUCCCGCCCAACCCUGAGGAGAGGUACGCGCCGCCAGCUGAGUAUCAAUCAUACCUUAUAUAUAGCGUGCCUCGUCCCUCCACCACUCUUAUACUAAUUAAUGGAGUAUUCCUAUGUUUGCAGGCAACUCAAACUUUACAUUUUUAUAUUUAUUAUCGUAUUGAACCUCAGAAGUCUACCGUCAUUAAUAAUAAUAAUAAUAUGUCUCACGUUUUCGCAGGUUAAUUAAUAAUUCAAUUAAAAUUAAUCUGUAAUUAUUAUAUCCUUUUCAGGUUAUUUACUUAUAAAUUUUUCACUUAAUUUUCAGCAUAAUAAAUAAUAUAAUAAUAAUGUUAAUUAAUAUUAAUGAUGUUUAAUAAUGAUAACGUUUCAGGUGGAUAUAAUUUAAUUGAAUUAUUUUAUUUAGGGUUCCUUGAGUCGGGAGCAAGAGCUCUAAUAUACAACAACAUGUAGAUCCUUUGCACAUUCGAUAUAAUUAUGUCGUCUUAACUUAAUCUGAAAUAACAACUUGAUAAAUUAUAUAAUUGAGUUCAUAUUUUAGGAUCCGGUAAUAUUUUGGAUUUAUUAUUUUUCAAUUUGUAUGAAGUAAAACGUAUCCCUAACCGUAGAUCAGUUGGAGGCUCCUUUGCACAGGAUGUCGGCUAGAUUAUGGGUACCCCAACAGCGCCUAUUUCUGCCGUGAAGCAGUAAUGUGUAAGCAUUACUGUGUUUCGGUCUGAAGGGCGUCGUAGCUAGUGAAAUUAGUGGGCAAAUGAGACUUAACAUCUUAUGUCUCAAGGUGACGAGCGCAAUUGUAGUGCCGCUCAGAAUUUUUGGGUUUUUCUAUAAUCCUGAGCGGCACUGAGCGGCGGCAGGGCGUCUCAAUUACCAUCAGCUGAACGUCCUGCUCGUCUCGUCCCUUACUUUUAUAAAAAAAGACUUAAAAUAUACUACUACUACCUGACAGCCCGUUAUUGCGUGACCAAUAUUGAUUUGUCAAUGUGUGAGUUAGCUAUACGCUACUAUUUUGUUAGUGUAUGGGGUGCCGCUCAGAAUUCAGACCGAAACACAAUAAUGUUUAGUAUUUUCUUUGAUUAACGCGAGUGUUACACAUUUAAAUAAAACUCUUUUAAAGGAUUAAAAUGCGUGGAACCAUAACUGCACAUACCAAAAAAGAACAGGACACUGUCAGUAAAUUUUGCCAAAAACCAUCUGUGUACAGCAAAUACCACCUCCGAGGAAAUAAAUGGCGCUAAACUUCAUAAUAACAACUAUGACAAACACUAUCUUUUACCCACUUCAUCUGCAGUCCCCCUGAAAACGAGAUCUGGAAAGGUUUUGAAACGUCGGGUUAGCUAAAAUAAAAAUAUAACUUUUACGCAAACAUCUAAUGUAAAACCGGUAACCAUGUAAAACUUCUUCACGGCAGAAAUAGGCGUCGUUGUGGUACCCAUAAUGUAACCGGCAUUCUGUGCAAAGGAGCCUCCCACUGGUACUACUUACAAUAAUUAAUUAUAUCAACCAACUUACCAACCUGAUCGAAUUUAAAUUUAAGCAUUUUAUUCAAUUUUUCUUAUAAUAUGACUCACCCCUGAGAUAACUCUUAAGUGAGCCAAUAUCAAGGGCGGGGGUAUGUGCAUGUCGAUGUACACGUGGUGUUUGGCCAGGUCGCCGUCGCCCGAGCCCAUCUACUCGACGGACGGCAAGCGGCUCAACACGCGCGAGUACCGCACGCGCCGCAAGCUGGAGGAGGAGCGCCACCGCCUGGUGCAGCGUAUGAACCAAAUCAACCCUGAGUUCAAGCCGCCGCCCGACUACAAGCCGCCCAUCAUCCGGGUGCACGACAAGGUGAUGAUCCCGCAGGAGCAGCAUCCUGACAUUAACUUCGUGGGGCUGCUGAUCGGCCCGCGCGGGAACACUCUCAAAGCGAUGGAGAAGGAGACGGGCGCCAAGAUCAUAAUCCGCGGCAAGGGAUCCGUGAAGGAGGGUAAGGUGGGCCGCAAGGAUGGCCAGCCACUGCCCGGCGAGGAUGAGCCGCUUCACGCCUACAUCACUGCCACAAACGCGGACUGCGUCAAGAAGGCCGUCGAGAAGAUCAAGGAGGUGAUCCGGCAGGGUGUGGAGGUGCCCGAGGGCCAGAACGACCUGCGCCGCAUGCAGCUGCGGGAGCUGGCGCAGCUCAACGGAACGCUGCGGGAGACUGAUGCUCCGCGCUGUGCCAACUGCUCCGCGCUGGACCACAAGACGUGGCUGUGCCCGGACAAGCCCAAUGUGACCAACAGUAUCGUGUGCUCGUCGUGCGGCGGCGCCGGACACAUCGCGCGAGACUGCCGCGCCAAGCGACCGGGACAAGGCACGCUGCACCACGCAGACAAGACAAAGAUCGACGAAGAGUACAUGUCGCUGAUGGCGGAGCUAGGUGAGGGCGGGGCCCCGCUGGUGGGCGGGCCCGGGGGCGGAGCACGAGGUGGCGGGGGUCGCGGGCCGUUCGGGUCGCAGCAGGCGCCCAGACCCAUCAUGCCGCCGCCGGGCAUGUUCCCGCCCCCCUCGCACCUGCACGCACACGGGCACGGGCCGCACGCAGCCAUGCACGCACCCUGGCUCGGCUCGAGCGGGCCGGCGCCGGGUAGCCAGCCGCCGCCGCCAGGCAGCCAGCCGCCGCCGCCAGGCAGCCAGCCGCCGCCGCCAGCCUUCCCGCCGCCGCCUCCGAUGCACCACCAGGGAGACGGACACAUGGGCCCGCCGGGCAGCCUGCCUCCGCCGCCGCCAGGUUGGUACACAUGCUAUGAUGAGAGGACACCAUACCGCCACCGACCACACCCCAUGUCCUAUCGUGCGGAAAUAAAGCUCAACAAACCAUUCCAUAUAUUGGUUGAUCUUGUUGGAAAAUUAACAGAACGCCACACAUCCAGAUGGUGGGGAUGAUAACUGAAUUAGAGGCGUGUGGUGCUAAGGUGGAAUUGGACGGCAUCACGUCAAAGCCCAGUUACACAAUUUUCUUUUGAAACCGACUCAUUUGGGCGCGAUUUGGCCCGCUCUAAACUGGCAGAUUUCGUUAAAACUUCGUAGAUUUAUCGAGAACCGAUGACAAUACAUUAAUUUGAUAAAAU